AUGGCAGCCAGGAAGUCCGUGUGCUGCGGUGCUUCUGCUCUGGAGGUGACGCUGACCGUCUUCUUGGUUAUCAUGACAGCCAUGUGUGUGACAGUGACCACACUGCUGGUUCUCAGGAAACCGCAGGUGACACAAGACACAGGUCCAGAACCAACCCUUCCUCCCUUUACGUCUCCGGACUUAACAAUGUCUCCGGACUUAACAACAUCUCCGGACUUAACAAUAUCUCCGGACUUAACAACGUCUCCGGACUUAACAACGUCUCCGCACUUAGCAACGUCUCCGGACUUAACAUCGUCUCCAGACUUUACAACGUCUCCGGACAAUCCGUACCUGAUCGGAGUGGGCCGGGCUGACUGCACCGGCCCACCAGCUGAUAUCCCUCUGAUGGGUUAUGCAAACCCUCAGCAGAAGGCUGCCGGCAUACACACCCGCCUGUACAGCAGAGCCUUCAUCAUCAACGACGGCAAGAAGAGAGUCCUGUUUGUAACCGCAGACGUAGGAAUGAUUUCACAGAGGCUAAGACUGGAGGUUCUGAAGGCGUUGAAGGUGAAAUACGGGAAUCUGUACCGUCAGGAUAACGUGGUCCUGAGCGGGACUCACACACACUCUGGACCGGCCGGAUAUUUCCAGUACACACUGUUUAUGAUCACCAGCAGUGGUUACAUCAAGGAGUCCAUCAAGCCGCUGGUCGAUGGCAUCGUCAAGAGUAUAGACAUAGCCCAUGAUAACAUGAAGCCAGGCCGGAUUUACAGGAGCAGAGGAGAGCUGGACGACAGCAACCUGAACAGAAGUCCUCAGUCCUACCUGAACAACCCCGAGGAAGAGAGACUCAGGUACAAGUUUAACACAGAUAAACAGGUGGUGGUGCUGAAGUUCACUGAUCAGAACGGACGGGGGAUCGGCAUGCUCAGCUGGUUCGCCGUCCACGCUGUCAGCAUGAACUACACCAACCGCAUGGUGAGCAGCGACAACAUGGGCUACGCCUCCUACCUGAUGGAGCAGGACCAGAACCCCGGAGAGCUACCUGGACAGGGAGCCUUCGUUGCUGGUUUCUCCUCCAGUAACCUCGGUGACGUCACGCCUAACACCAGAGGACCUUACUGCGUGAACACUGGACUGUCCUGUGAUUACCUGAACAGCUCCUGUCCUAUAGGAGGGACUAAGAUGUGUCAGGCGUUUGGACCUGGAAAAGACAUGUUCGACAGCACGAGUAUCAUCGCACACAACAUCUACAGGAAGGCCAAGGAGCUGUAUGGUAACGCAUCGGAAAUGGUGACUGGCCCCCUUCACUCUGCCCAUCAGUGGGUCAACAUGUCGGAUGUUACUGUUCAGAUCAACGAUACACACACAGCCAGUACAUGUAAACCAGCUCUGGGUUACAGUUUUGGAGCAGGAACAAUAGAUGGAGGAGGAGACCUCAACUUCACUCAGGGUGCUUUGGAAGGCGACCCGUUCUGGGACGGGAUCAGAGAUGCUCUCCUGGGCGAGCCGUCCAAUGAGACGCAGGAGUGUCAUCAUCCCAAACCGAUCCUGUUAAACACGGGGGAGAUGAACUGGCCUCUGCCGUGGCAUCCUGUGAUUGUCGAUGUUCAGAUCAUCACCAUCGGUCCUGUAGCUGUCGUAGCUGUUCCUGGAGAGAUGACCACGAUGGCAGGGAGGAGGUUAAGAGCAACGGUCAAACAGGAACUCGAGUACGAGGCGGCAUUCAGCAACUCGGAGGUGGUGAUCGCCGGCCUGAGUAACGUGUACACGCACUACAUCACGACCUACGAAGAGUACCAGGUUCAGCGGUAUGAAGGAGCAUCCACCAUCUAUGGUCCUCACACCUUCACCGCCUACCUGCAGAAGUACCGAGCCCUGGCCAGAGCCAUCGCACAGGACAGAGUGUUGGAGCUGCCGGCUGGUCCUGAGCCUCCCUUCUUUGAGAAGGGUCUCAUCAGUCUGCUGCCUGCAGCACCUAUUGACAACAAACCAGAGAACACCAGCUUUGGGGACGUCCUGCAGCAGGUUUACCCCGUCUAUAGACCGGGUGACGUUGUCUCUGUCACGUUCGUAGCAGGAAACCCGAGACAUUCUAAAGACAUCAUGGAUAAAACGUUUGUUGCUGUGGAGAUUUAUGACAACAGCUCAGACAGUUGGAAGGUCGUCCACAAUGAUGCAUCAUGGGAGACCAGGUUUCACUGGUUGAAGGGUUCCAACCGGCAGAGCAACUCCACGAUCGAGUGGUACAUUCCCCCAUCGGCCCCCACUGGCUCCUACAGGAUCAGACACUUCGGACACUACCGACAUAGGAAGGGCCUGCUACCCGUCAUCACGCCGUACGAAGGCACGUCCGACGUCUUCAGAGUCGCCACCAGCUUUUACUAUUAGUGAGGCUGCAGCUCCUGAUCCCUGAGUAACAGAAGAUCAUCGCCUUAAAGGAAGGACCCUCUUUUUAAACUGAAUCUGUUCUUAAAUCACACACAAACACCAACAGACAGAUUAUUUAUUAACUUUCUGAACAUCAGGAAUAGUAAUCUCAAAUACGAGAGAAAUGUCUGGAAAUGUUCUGACUUUCUUUGCUGCUUUGACGCAAAGAUGGAGAGUGAUUUUAAAGCUUGCUAAAAAUGUAAUUUGAUUUGUU